UUUCGCGUCAAUUUCACCGCGUCCUCCGAUUUCUUUUAUAUUUUGCUAAAAAAUAUUUGUGGAAUUCGUUCGAUUUUCGUGUAAACCUCGUCUUUGAUCAAUCGCGCAUCGUCACAACGUGUUAAACAUGCCGGAAAACAUGGAUCUUCGUCAAUAUUUGCAGCAAUUUCUGGACAGCGACGACGAAGUUCCCGAUUCAUUUAUGACGAUGACGCCGCCGGAACCGAAAGCUGGUCCAAGUCCAAGUGCCGUCAAGCGUGCUUUGAGUUUCAACGAACCCUCGGUUUCGGUUCACGUUCCAUCAGAGAUUGUCGUGGCUGAGCCACCUCCGAAAAAGUUCAAAAUCGGUUUUCAGGAUGUUUUUGUGAAUUUUUUGGAACAACCGUCAUCGUCGACUGUGGCAAUUGUCGCACCGCCUGGAUUUUCGUUUGGAUUUGUCUCGAUUGGAACACAAACUUCUCCCUGGAAGACGACCGCAGCAACACAAAUGACGCCAAAUGUUAAGCAACAGCCGAUGAAAAAGGUUGAAGCUUCGGUUUCAGGUCCCGAAAUGGAAGUUGUUCCAUUGCAGGAGGAGAUUCCAGUCCAGAAAGUUGAGAUGAACAGCGUUCCUGAUCAAGAAAUGGUCGAAUUUGUUGGAAAGAAGCCUCGUAAGGUGCCAGCAACAAAGGCUCCUCUCAAAACUGUCAGAGUUCCACCGGUUUCGCUCAAGUCGCCGAAACCACGCAAAGCUAAGGAGACUAGAAUGCAAGCAGGGGAAGCUGCAAAGAAGCAAAAUGUUCGUAGAGCAAAGGAAAAUGUUUCCAUUAACCAGCAAGAGCCUUCAACUUCGAAAAUGUCAGCAAAAUCUUCUGUUGCACGUAAAUCGAAGGAAAAAGCUUCCAUCGAAAAUCAGGAACUUUCUACAUCCGAAGGGUCAACCAAGUCCUCUGGCCGUCGCAAAUCCAACGAAAAGGUUUCCCAUAACGAUCAAGAGCCAUCAACUUCAAAGGGACCAACUAAGGCUUCUGCUGGGCGUAAAUCGAAGGAAAAGGUCUUGAAUGAAGAAGGAAGUGAAAAAUCUUCUAAAUCACGCAAAUCCAAAGAAAAUGUCGCCGUCAAAGUAAGAAAGGCCAAAUCUCUUACUCCAAACAUUUCGAAGGAAAAUCUCUCAACCGGAAAUGAUCAAGAAUCACCCACCGCCGCCGUUGAAGCAAAGCCCAAACCCCUGUCCCUCUACCAACAAUAUUUGCAACGUACUGGUCCCUCAGCUCCCGGCAGCAAAGAAAUCCCCAAAGGAAAGCCUGGCUGCUUAACCGGAUACUCGUUCCUCAUCACGGGCGAACUUGCAUCGCAAACGCGCGAAGAAUGCAUUCGCUUGAUCGAAUCUCUUGGCGGUCAAAUGAAAACCGGCGUUUCCAAGAAACUCAGCUACUUGAUUGUCGGCGAAACUGGUGCCGGUCCCGCUAAAUUGGCCAAAGCCGAACAACUCCAGACCCCGAUCUUGACCGAAGAUGGAUUACUCGACUUGAUUCGCGGCAAGAAGUCCGAGAAACGGAAGACUGUCUAAAUUUAUUACUUGAUAACGUACUACACUCGUGAAAAUGUGUUACAAGCAGAUAACGCACUAAAAACUAUCAUUAACUAUACAUUAAACAUGGAUAAUUUGUGUCUUUAAAGAAAAUUAUAUUCGCUUUUGAGAGAGAGAAAAAUAUACAUUAAACUCCUUAUUUCUAUUA